AUGAGUGUCAAUUGGGGGAUUAUUGGUGCUGGAAUUAUUUCCGGUAGAUUUGUUGAAGAUAUUGUUAAACUUCAUAAUUAUCCUCAGGGACCUAAUCAAUUGGUUCAUACAAUUAAAGGAGUUGGAUGUUCGAGUGCUGACAAAGCAAAAUCAUUCAUUGAAAAACAUCUUAAAGACGAAGCAUCUAAACAUAAUCCUGUGAUUGGGUCGUAUGAUGAAAUUUUCGAUAAUGUCGAUAUUGAUGCUGUUUAUAUAGGAGUUCUUCAUCCAUUUCAUAAGGAACUCUCUAUCAAAGCCUUGAAGAAAGGUAAACAUGUAUUAUGUGAAAAGCCUGUGACUAUGAAUGCUGGAGAAUUGGAAGAUAUCAUUGAAGUGGCCAAAAAAACCAACAAACUUUUCAUGGAAGCUAUGUGGGUAAGAUUUUUCCCAACUUUCGUUGCUUUGCAGAAAAUGGUUCAUGAAGACAAAGUGAUCGGGGAGGUUAAAAGGGUUUAUGGGAACUAUUCAUUCAAUGCUGACGUUGGUGCCGAUCAUCGUGUAGUUAAUAAGAAAUUAGGGGGUUCAGCAUUAUUAGAUAUUGGAAUUUAUUCAUUGACAUUCAAUAGAUUAUUUUUAAAUCCAAACACCAAACCUUCGGAUUGGACAGUUCACUCUGAUUUACUUAAAAGCAGUUUCACAGGUAAUAAGGAGGAUGAAGUUGAUUUCAUAUCCACUGUUUUGAUCAAUACGGGUAAACAACAUGGUAUUGCAACAUCCUCAAUGUUCAAUGCGAUUGACGAAGACGGUACAAUUGCAAUAAUUGAAGGAGAGUUGGGUAAAAUUACUGUCAAAGCCAUUGGAUUGACUCCAAGUCCAAGAGGUUACAAAUUAGAAUUGAAAACUGGUGAAACCUCCGAAAAAGAUUUUGAUUUCGGUAGUGGUUUGGAGGACAGUGAAGGAUUCUAUUUACAAGCAGUUGAAUUAGGUGAAAGGGUUCUAGCUGGAGAUAUUCAAUCCAAUGUUAUCCCUUGGGAAGAAAGUUUGAACAUGAUGAGACUUUUCGAUAAGAUCAGAGCUGAUAAUGGGGUUGUUUUCCCUCAAGAUAAGUAG